AAUAUUAAUGGAUUAAGGUUUAGACCCGGGAAUGUUAUUGGCAGAAUUAAAGAAACAAGAUGAAUGGGCUAAAGCAAUUAUAUUUGACGAGGAUUUGAAUGUGAUUACUCAUAAAAACUGUGCAGCAACAAAGGAGGAAUUGACACCAUACUUAAAAGCCUACGAUGUGAGAGAUAACACAAUUGGGGCAGGCUUUGUAUUAUUAGGUGAACAUUACGAAGUUCACAGAUGGCAUCCUCCCCUGGUGUAUGGAAGAAGAGGUGAUGCCGAUGUAGGAGAAGGGAUCUCAUUAGCUAGAGGAAUUUGCAAAAAGCUUAAUGGAAAGAGAGUCUAUUUAUUGAUAACCUAUGAAUUGCCAAUAGUGAGUGCAAGAGCAGUACCCUAACAAAUAAACUUUUAUAAUCAAUUCAUUGGUGAAUUAGAGAAAUUUGAUAUUAAGUAACAAUGAGUAUUAACAGUAAAUAAUAUUAAUAAUCCGCAUUCACUAAA